UUAUUAUUGUUUUUUAAUAAAUAUUUAUUAUUUUUUCUUCCUAAAAGUCGCGUUUUUGGUUUUGGUAUUUUCACAACAGUCGAGAUCCGUCACUUCGCGAGCAUUUAUUGUUCAUACGUCGUGUAUUCGUGCGUGCCAACGCCGCUCGUCUCCGGCCUAACGACAUGUCCUUCGUAACUUGCGCCGCCCGUAACACGUUGCCCGCAAGUCCCUCGGCGGGUCCAGCCGCGUGAUUAUCCCCUGAAGGCUGAAAAGCUCCAAGUCCUUAUUUUUCGAACGUCCCGCUAUAUAUUUUGGCCAGACGACCGUGCGCUCCCGGAGGUCAAACCCCUACCCACACAAACAUCAUUGCAACGACCAGCGUGUUAUAGCAAUCGUCGAUUAGUUGUGUGUCUGGACUUAAUAGAAAAAAAACAGUCGACGGGGCCAUUACAAAAUCUCGGAGAUUUCCAAUAAAACAUGGUCAAGGACGUCAAGUACUGCUGAAAUCUCAUCCCACAGAAAGCCGCGUUCACCUUGUUGACGUCAUUUAUCACAGGCACCGUCGUCCAGGCGUGGCAAUGCAAAAUUUGAGAACUGUUGGGUCAUGCGAUCCUUACGAGUACAUCAUCCUGAUUGAUUCUAAUAUUGUGUAAAGGCAUUUUUAAAAUGUCGUUUUUAAGUGGUCUCAAGAAAGUGCUCCACUUAGGUAACAAUGAAGCAAAAAAGAAAAAAAUAUUCAACAACAUCCAUAUGGAUUGUGAUGUUGAUGAUUUUUGGGAAAUGAUUGGUGAACUUGGUGAUGGAGCUUUUGGCAAAGUCUAUAAAGCUCAACACCGAGAAACUAGUCAGUUAGCUGCUGCAAAAAUGUGUAUCUUAGAAGGUGAAGAUGAUUUAGCUGAUUUUAUGAUUGAAAUUGACAUUUUAGCCGAGUGUAAACAUUCAAAUAUUGUUCAGUUAUAUGAAGCAUUUUUUGUUAACUCUAAACUUUGGAUGCUGAUUGAAUAUUGUGAUGGAGGCGCUUUAGAUUCAAUUAUGGUUGAGCUAGAUCGUGCAUUAAUUGAAGAACAAAUAGCUUAUGUAUGCAAGUAUAUGUGUGAAGGGUUAGCAUUUCUUCAUAAAUGUAAAGUUAUACAUCGUGAUCUUAAAGCUGGAAAUGUACUUUUAACAACUAGUGCUGGUGUUAAGAUUGCUGAUUUUGGUGUUUCUGCUAAAAAUAAACAAACAUUACAGAAACAUGAUACUUUUAUUGGAACACCCUAUUGGAUGGCUCCUGAAGUGGUUUUAUGUGAAACUUUUAGGGAUAAUCCUUACGAUUUUAAAGUAGAUAUUUGGUCUUUAGGCAUAACACUUAUAGAAUUAGCACAAAUGGAACCUCCAAACCAUGAAAUGUCUCCUAUGCGUGUAUUACUUAAAAUACAAAAAUCUGAUCCUCCUAAAUUAGAACAACCUUCUAAAUGGUCUAAGAAUUUUAAUGACUUUGUAGCACUUGCUCUUAUAAAAGAUCCAAUUCAAAGACCAACUGCAGAUGAUCUUCUUAAACAUCCAUUUGUCAAUGGAAAUAUAGAUUCAAAACCAAUCCGAGAUUUAUUACUUGAAUAUAAAGCUGAGGUGGUUGAAGAAGAGGUUGUAGAUGAAGAACCUGAGGAAUCGCCUCAAUCUACUCGGUUACCUCCCCUGGACUUGGAUGCAGUCGAAGAUGACACCGUAUCUCUUAAAAGUGAACCUGAUACUAAAGCAGAUGUAGUUGAAAUAAAACCAAAAAUACAAAAGAAACGAGAGAUGGAUGAAGAUUCAUCAGACAAUAAAAAAAUCAAAACAGAUGAAAAAAUCUUGAAUGUUCCAGAUUCUGAAUCAAUUAUUUCUUCAAAGAAAAAUGUGGUAAAAAAACAUUCUGAAAACAAAGGUCCAGCACCACCACCACCGCCUCUACCACCGCCAUCGCCUCUACCACCACCAUCUUCAGUUGUUAAAUUAGCAUUAAAUAAAGAAUCACCAAAUUUACCAAUUGAAUUGACUGUUCAAGAAUCUAAUCAAGACAAAGAAACAGAAUCAGUGACUAAACCUGAAGAACUUGAAGUUUCAAAAUUAAAGAAUAAUAAUAAUAAUAAUAAUAAUAAUUCAGAAAUAAACGAUUCUAUUAACAAUAAUUCUGAAAUUGAGAAACAGCCUAUUGAUAUUGGCAAUGAGAACCAUUCUGUAUCUACUGAACCAAUACAAUUACGCAAACAUGAUAAAUCUAGUUCUAGACCUAUAUCAGUAGCUGCUUGUAAUAAUGGUCCAAUUGUAAACUCUAUCGAAGACUCUCAAAUAAGAAUUAGAAGAAGAAGUUCAUCUGCUUCUAAUCGCAAUCAAAGAAGACCUUCUCCUCCAUCAUUGGAUAAAGUUUUACAAAUGAAUCAAAAUGUCGAAAAAAAUAAAGGAAAGAUGCCAACUGCUGUUAUGAAUGAAUUAGCUGGGAGACUUCAAAAUAACAAAGAUGAGACUGAUCUAAUACCAGAUAAUGUUGAACAAAAUGAAAAUUCCAUUAAUGGAGGUACAUUGGUGAGAGUGGGAUCUUUGAACGUUAUUGAUUCUAAAGUUACUGUUGUAACUACCACACAUCCACCUGUUCUUCAAACACAUCCUCCAGGACUACAUACUCAAGUGAUUAUAGUUGCUGAUGCCAACACUAAAUCACAGAUUGAGAAAAAAGAUGAGGUUGUGGUGAUAAAUUCGUCACAAGCUGAUGAAGAAGAAUUAGAUGCUAGUCAUGUGUCUGUUAUAACAGUAGGAGAAGAACCUUCUGUUAAAGAAUUAAGUCCGUGGAAAGAUGAAGAAAUUGUAGUGUCUAAACCUAUUUGUGUACCAGUAAAUUCAGAUUCAGAUACUAAUAAAAUAAAAAUGAACGGACGUGCUACAAUGGUAAAGCCCAAUGAUCCAACAGAAGUAUUCAUUGUUGUUAAUAAUUCAACUAAUGUACAUAAAUCGUCAAAACAUUCAGAUGGAAUAGUAGUAAAUAAUAAACACCAUGUUUCUCCAACACGUUCUACAUCUCAUUCACAUUCAGAUAGUGGAUCAGUAUAUAGUAGUGGAGGCCAACGAACUCCACCUUCAGCUGCCAGUACUCGUACAUUUGAUAGAUCAGAUGCAGAAAGUGUUUCAACUACAAUAAGUCAUGAUAGUCGAAGUAGUAAUAAAGAGAAUAAUUUACCUCCUCGAGAAUACGAAGAUGAAGUUGUAUUACGUAAAAAACCAGAGUAUAGCAGAGAAAUGAAAAGAACUAGUCGAAAUAUAAGUAAAGAAGAACUGGAAAUAAGAAACAUGAAAAAAAAGACCAGAAAACGUACAAGAAAAUUUGAAGUAGAUGGAGUAGUUGUUACAACAACAACUAGUAAAGUAAUUUAUGGUGAUGAAGACUCCAGUCAUGGAUACAAUGAUCAGAUAUUUAGAAAACAAGAAUUAAGAGAACUUAAGAUGUUGCAAAAACAAGAACAAAAACAGUUUCAAGAUUUAUCAUUUAAAGCAGUUAUAGCUAAAGAGCAACAGGAUAAAAAAUUUGAACAGGAAAGAAUGGCAUUAAUUAAACAAUACGAAGCUGAUUUAGAUACAAUGGUUAAGCAGCAACGUCAAGCUGUUGAAAGAGCUGAAACUCAGCAAGAGGCAGAUUUAAGAAUGACUUCAAAAAAAAUUCGUUUAGAACAAGAGCGAGAAUUAAAAGAAUUCAGAGAAGGUCUAAAACAAGAGUUACGUCUGUUAAAGCAAGAAGUAGAUUUAAAGCCUAAAGAAAGGCGGAAAAAUUUGUUUAAAGAUAAAAAAGAGAAGUUAGAGACUGAACAUGAGGAGAGAGAAAAAUUAUUCCUCGAGAAACUAAAUGAAAAUCAUGAAAGUUCCUUGAGUAGACUGAGUGAUGCUCAUCAGGAGAAAAUUGCGCUUAUGGAACGUCAAUAUUUACAGCAGAAACAACAGUUGAUGAGAGCUAGAGAAGCAGCUUUGUGGGAAAUGGAAGAAAGACAAAUUCAUGAAAAACAACAAUUAGCUAAAAGACAGCUUAAAGAUGGCUUUUUCUUGCAGAGGCAUCAAAUGUUAAUAAGGCAUGAAAAAGAAUUGGAACAGAUGAAACGUAUGAAUAUACGCAAAGAUGAAGAAAUGCAAAAACGUCAAGGUGUUGAAAAACGAUCACUACCAAAACGUAUUCGUUCUGAAAUGAAAGCGCGGGAGAUGAUGUUCCGUGAAUCUGUUAGAAUAAGUAUGGCAUCUAAUCCAAACCCAGAUACUGAGUAUGAACGUAAUAGGCUUAAGAAAUUUCAAGAAAAUGAAAAAAAAAGAUAUCGCAAUGAAACACUUGCAUUUGAAAUGAAACAGCAGCGACAGCUUGAAGAGCUUAGAAUUGCAAAUGACACUACUAUUAGAGAACUUGAACAGCUUCAAAAUGAAAAACGUAAAAUGCUAAUGGAACAUGAAACAACUAAGUUAAAAGAGCAAGAAGAGUUGUAUGCUCGCGAAUUGAGAGAAUGGAAAGCUCAUCUCAAACCUAGGAAACAGAACCUUGAAAUGGAGUUGGCGAGGCAAGCCAAAGGAAAUUCAUGGAACAGUCGCUAUUCAUUGCCUCCGUCCCCUGGCAACACGUUGCUCAGACGUGAAUAUUCGUUUUCAUCACUUCUCUCUUCUCCUCGAUUGUCCGGUACUUCUUUUCGUUCUCCUGGUUCAGGAUUUCUUCCUAGACGAUGUGCCAAUCAAUUUCCUAAUCAUUCAAACCAAUCCACAAUGUAAAAUUCCUGUAUACUGAAUGAGCUCUAACUAAAAGGUGGCAUUUGAACAAAAUUUUUAGUACUAUUCCAAAUGGUUUACAUGUCAUCAUUUGGUUUUUUAGAAAGUGUGUUCCUAACCUGUUUUAUGUUAUUCCAUGUAUUAAGUAUAUUUUAAUUUAAAAUAGAUUUAUUUUAACAAACAUUGUUCUUUAAAUAUAAAUCAGAAUAUUUAUAUCAUCUUAGAUACAAUAAAUUAUUUUUGUGGAUUAUGUGUUGUACAUAUAUAGAUUGAAUAAGUAUAUCACUGGC